CCCCGCCUGCAGGUGCGGGCCGGGCCGCGGACGGGCGCGCCGUCGGAGGGCCGCAGAGGCUGCGCCAUGUGCCGGAAGCGCGACGCCAUCCUGGAGGCGCUGGAGAGCCUGACGGCGGACGAGCUCAAGAAGUUCAAGCUGAAGCUGGGGGCGGCUCCGCUGCGCCGGGGCUUCCGCCACAUCCCGCGGGGGGAGCUCGAGAAGCUGGACGCCGUGGACCUCACCGACAGGCUGGUCGCCUUCUACCGCGAGGACUACGGCGCCGAGGUCACGGCGGCGGUGCUGCGCGGCAUGGGCAUGCAGGAGGCGGCGGCGCGGCUGCGGGGCGCCGCAUGAAAACGGGCGAGGCCGGGAGCGGUGCGGUUCUCAGCAGAGGUGCUGAUGUGGGGGGCUGAGACCACGCGGAAGCCCCCCGGACCCCAGUCCUGAGGCCAGGGCCGCUUCACCGAGGGACCCAGGGCCGCUGCGUGCCUCCGGACCGCGCCCCGUCUGCCCCCGCGCCAAUAAAGCCUUCGUGACCAA